UCUGUUGUUUUAACUCUAGCAGAAGCCAAAAGAUGCCAAAGAGUGUCCCAAAAGGAUGAGUGACUUAAGUCUAACGUUGUCGAACCUGUUUUAGUUAAUUUAUUUAUAUUAACGUGGCAAUAUUCAGUGAAAGCUUUUACGAUGAGGCUGAUAAGCCGGUUACUUUCGGACGCUAGCAAGGUUGUGAAGUCAUUGGAUUUCUACUCGCAGUACAAUCCGUCUCCGCUGUCCAUAAAACAGUUUAUCGACUUCGGUAAGACGGGCUGUGAGCUGACAUCUUUUCUCUUCCUACGGAAAGAACUUCCUGUAAGACUGGCCAACAUCAUGAAAGAGAUCAAUUUGCUGCCAGAGAACUUGCUUCAGAUGCCAUCAGUAGAGAUGGUCCAGUCUUGGUAUGUGCUUGCAUGCAUUGAUGUUUUACUUUGGUUGAAAAAACAAAAAGAAUACCACAAGAACCUGAGUCGCUUCUGCGAAGCACUGAUGCGAAUACGAAAUCGACACAUGAAUGUUGUGGAAACCAUGGCACAUGGUGUCAUGGAGAUGGGGGACAGUCAUGGCAUUGAUAACACGACAGACAACAAUGUCCAGUACUUCCUAGACCGCUUCUACAUGAGCCGGAUAGGAAUUCGCAUGCUCAUUAACCAGCACACAUUGCUGUUUGGCAAGGACCUGGCAGGCCAUCCUCGUCACAUCGGCUCUAUCGACCCAAACUGUGACGUCGUGUCAAUUGUUCGAGAUGCUUAUGAGAACGCGCGGUUUCUGUGUGAGAGUUACUACAUGGCAUCGCCGGAGCUGGAAAUAGAGACACAUAAUAGUUUGAAGAAAGAUUCGAAGAUAGAGUGUUGUUAUGUGCCAUCCCAUUUGUAUCAUAUGUUGUUUGAACUGUUUAAGAAUUCUAUGAGAGCUGUGGUGGAGUAUCAUGGCACAUCAAGUGAAGAAUACCCUCCAGUUAGGGUCACCGUGGCACUCGGAAAUGAAGAUCUCUCAAUUAAACUUACGGACGAGGGCGGUGGAAUCCCGCGCAGUCACAUCGACCUGCUCUUCCACUACAUGUACACGACCGCGCCGCAGCCGUCAAAGUCCGGCGGCAACUCGGCGCCGCUGGCCGGGUACGGCUACGGACUGCCGCUGUCGCGCCUCUACGCGCGCUACUUCCAGGGCGACCUGCAGAUCUACGCGCUAGAGGGGUACUCGACCGACGCCCUGAUAUACCUGAAGGCUUUAUCUGAAGAUGCUAAUGAGCAACUGCCGGUGUUUAAUACCACGUCUAGUCGACAUUAUAAGACAGGCAUCGCCACGUCGGAUUGGACGACGUCGCCUCUGCACACAUCGAAUACACGCUUUUAACGUAGACCCCCCGCCGUAGAGCCAGACCUUCUGCCGUUCGUGUUUUUGGGCAGACUGCGUGUGUGCGUGCUUCUAAAAACUGCAGUGCAGAACUGUUUGUAGCUGUUAGGAAAUUAUUGUUUGCGAUGUAGUGGAGCUAUACGGGUGGAGAUCAGGGGUGCACACACGUCUGCGAUCACAGCCCUCCUGACAUUUCGUUGGUGGGCGGUGCUCGUAUCGGAAGUCAAGAGCGUUGACCAGAUCAUCGCACUCAGUGAAGCAGGAGUUCGUGUGUAAUAUGCAGCAAGGAUCGUUACGCAAGCUACGCAGAAUGGGGAAACGAGGUUUUCGCGCGAGCGAGUAAUUUUUUUCGAAAUGUACACUGCGUGUACAAGGCUCAUGUGCAGAAGGUGCUGUCAGAGUGCUAUGUGUUGCUCAAUGAGUGCGAACUAGCCUUAGCUGCAUUAACAGAAGUGCUACAUCAGUGGGGGAGUUGAAAGGAGAAUUUGAAAAGGUCAAACCACCCUUUAAAGUUUCAUUGUUUUAGUUGAUAUGUUGAUUUCAUGCAAUUAUGUCCUAGCAACAAAAAAUACCCUGUAGGAGUUCAAUAAGGAAACCGUUUUGUACCUCUUGACAUUAUUUUUAGACUUGAAACGUUAUAUCGAAAAGGUUGAGUGAACUUUUAGGUGUAAUAAAGUGUCUCUUUAGGACGGAAUCAAAAU